CGGGUAGGAAACCAGUUGCAGUCGGAGCAGCGUCCUCGACAGUCACGCUGCUUUCCUAUAUUUCUCUCCAUUGCCGAUUCAAAAUUUUAAAAAACCAAACAGCUGGUCGCCCCAUUUUUGGCUUUUCCGCGUACUUCCGAAAAACAAAAGAAAAAAACAAAAGAAAUUCGAUAUAUCGAUUUCCAGGUAGUUUUGCUAUAUUCAUCAAACACCACUCUUAAUAUACGUUCUUGUGCCGAUGCGAUUGUGGAGAGAGGACUUUGUUGGUCUACGCUUGUAUAAUAGGCCUACAUUAGACCGUGGAGAUUGGAAAAUCAAUUCAAAACAAAAGUGAAACAAAGAACAUCAACAUCCCAAUCUAACCGUUUUGUUAGUUCAGUUUUGUUUUGGUGUUUUCUUUUUUGAUUCGAUCAAACACAAUUCAAAAUUGAUUGUUAGUGACAUGGUGUUUGUUUGGACUUGACGAAUCGCCGCACGAAGAUUCUUAUAACAACCAUCCGGUCCGAAAGAUCCACAACAAAAUGGCCGAAGGACAAAUUUUGCGCAUGUGUCACUGGACAAGAUGGCCGCUGCUGGCCGGCGGCAAUCAUUUGCGACCGUUCCAGCGUUCCGUCUACGUCCUUGUCGUGUGGACUUGCCUUUGCUAUGGCCUUUUCCAAAUCUCGAGCCACGGGUCGGCAGACUCUUCGUCAAGUGGCGCCGGUGCGGGAUAUGCCGGAGCCGGACCUGUCAAUUCCCGCCUCCUCUUGCAGAAGGUCACAGAGACGCCGUUGACCUCAACGGCCGCCUCCAGCGGAGUGGCCGUCGGCACGGCCACUCAACCCGCCACCAGCACCGAUCCGGCCGGUGUCAAAAUCGAUCGAACGAAACCCACCGACGACGAGGACAUGGCGCCGUUCAUCCAGCAACGUGUUCCAAAUGUGCCUUUCGAGUUCUGGCUUCGUGAAAAGGCCAAGAUCUACGGCAAAAAUCACACGUGCGCCUUCUAUCCCAGCGUGUUUGACAUCAAAUUCAAUAACAAUUACUGGCAAAUGUUCCGGUCAUCGAACGGGACAUUUUACUUGUACGGAGCUUAUCACGACAACCGGCCAGCCGUUGCGAAGGCGACCAUCCGAAUUCUCGGAAUGAUUGACCGGAUUGAACCGACAGUCAAGACGCAUUGUUUGUUGUGGUACGACGCGGCCAAAGAUCCGGUCGUCAUGCCCGUCGUCGAGUACAAGUACGUCUGGAACCAGAAAUGGGGCAAUUACAAACAGGGGCUCCUUCAACCUUAUCUGAUGGCCUGUCAUCUGCCUACGGCGGCCGUCCUGGCCAACAAGGGAUUGCCGCUCGAUCAAGUGCCCAUCUCCGUUUCUUUGACCGAGAAAGGCUGCGAACCGCCCACCAACAAUUUGCGGGUCAACAACAACGUGCCGGCCAAAAAAGGCCGUUUCGCCGUCUGCGUCAAAGGGCUGGAUUUCUUGCGGGAAGAUCUGAGCGUCCGCCUGGUCGAGUGGAUCGAACUGUUGGGCCUACUCGGCGCGGACAAGAUCUUCCUCUACGAGCUGGAAGUGCAUCCGAACAUCUCGAAGGUGUUGCGCUACUACCAGCAGACGGGCCGCGUCCAAUUGACGCCCAUCACGCUGCCGGGCGAACAGCCGAACGUGCCCGGCUUACGUCACAUGUACCUCAAGUCGAAGAUCACGAGCAAGCGCCAGAACGAGGUGAUCCCGUACAACGACUGCCUGUACCGCAAUCUGCACAGUUACGACUACAUCGCGCUCAUGGACACGGACGAGGUCAUCCUGCCUAAGAACGUGCAGACGUGGAACGAACUGAUUGACAUCAUCGUGCCGAAAUCGUUGGCCGCGGCCAAUUACACGCGCGCGUCCUAUAAUUUCCGCAACGUCUACUUUUGGGACGAUGCCGAACAUUCGCACAGGUGGGAGGCCAACAUCCCGCGCCACAUGCACAUGCUGCAGCACGUCUACCGCAGCUAUAAUUACACGAAACCUAAUCAGUACGUCAAGUGCUUCCACAACGUUCAGAAGAUUCUGACGCUGCACAAUCACUUCCCUCUGGCGUGUCUGGGCGGCGGGUGCACGUCCUAUCCCGUCGAACCCGAGACGGCCCAUUUGCAGCACUACCGCGCCGAUUGCGUCAGCACGUUGAAGAAGAGUUGCGACACAGAGUACAAGCAGCAUCUGGUCAAAGACACCAUCAUUUGGCGUUACAAGGAGGACCUCAUUCCUCGUGUUUCUCAAGUGCUCAAGUCUCUCGAUUUCUUCGAUCAAAACAAGGGCGAAGCCAAUCAGCUGUAGAGCCAUACACACUUUGUUUGGGGGCCGGUUUGUUUGGUGUCUCGUCAAGGACCAGACACACCCAACACACACGCACACAUCCGUAUGUUUUUUGUUUUUUGUUUGUUUAUGAAACCAUGACAUUUAAAAAAAAAAAGAGAAUUUCGUUUUGUUUGGUCGGUUUGUGUAAACACGUACUGUAGUCAGACGCUCAAGACAAAACACACUUAAUUGGAUGGCAGAUUAAAAAUAAAAAAACAGAGGAGGAAGGGGCUUAUGCAUAAUGAAUGCAUCGUCAGUCAAAAUAUAGUUUAGGGAAAGCUCAAUGUUUCUUUGGCACCGUCGCUUCUCUCCGACAUCUCGUCUCAGCAUGGACCAGUCGACCAAUUCCUAUUGUAUGUAAUCACCGUUUGUCAACAAUAGGAUAUUAGAUAGAAAUGUUGAGACAUUCAAAGUUUUUUAUUCAAUUUUUUAAUGAGGAGGUUGAAGAGAGAGAGAGAAAAAAAAACAUGGCCGCGGUGCUUACUCUAUCGCGAUCUACGUCCACACGUCAGUCGUUUUUUUGUUUUUUUUGGUUUUGCAAUUGAAACGAGCUAUUCACACACAGUGCACAAUUUGUGUUUGUUAAACUAAUAAUUUUUCUUGUAUGUGUUUUUUUUUUUUAAUGUUAUAGCCUACCCAGUACUGAAUGUCCUUGUUUCUCUUUCUGUUUUAAUUCCUUCGGCAUGAAUGACGUUGAAUGGUUUCGAAAGAAAAUAGAUAAAAGCUUUUUUAUAUGAUGCAAUCGAUAAUAUUGUGCUUUUUGGUUUUUUUUUUUCUUUUUCUUUUGAGCACCGAGUUUGGAGAAGACGCACAACUCUCCGGUGAAGAUAACGUGCGAUGUGAUGAUUUAUCUUGCGAACAAGCAAAAAUAGCUUUCAUUUUUUUCUUUUUAAAGACUUCCAUUUUCAUUUUAUCUAACGGAAAGACAAGAACUGAAAUCUCGAAUAAUCCAAUUUGACAUGGCCACGUCCAUUGCCAAACCAUCAUUUCCAUUAUUAUGCAAAAGUGCUUGUGUUAUUUCACUCAGUUUUUUUUUUCAAAUUUUCUUACAUUUUUUUUUUUACAUCCAGAAAAGUUAAACAUUCAUUUGAUUCUAUUUCAAUCAAUUUUUUGUUUUGUUUGUGGACUGUGAACCACUCGUGAGACACAUUUCUGUGAAAUGCACACGCCACCCCCCAAAAUCGCACUUCGCUUUUUGUUCACUGUUUUUACUGUAAAUGGUGCACGAUUCAUUAUAUAUUAUUUUUUUCCUUCUUGAUCAUUUUUUUUUUCGUAUAUUCUUAAUGCCUUAGCCACCAUCCGUAAUUGUCGGCAAAAUCAAUUUGUUUUUUCUUCAAAUACGUGUCCAUACCGUCCUAUAUUAGAUACGCAGCCUGUUGCGUAUCAUUGUGCUAGUGUUUUUGUGAAUUAAAAACGAUUACAAAAUAAGAAAACGUU